CGCUUUCUUCUUUUCUGCUCUUUGGCCAGAAAUGGCCGCGCUCCGCCUCCGCCCAGGUGUGCAGGGUGCUUCGAGUGUGCCUUUUCGGCCAGCGCCCGACCCAACAUGGCCCAACAGGCCAACCCGCGGUCCGGAGGCUAUAUUCUGCGCAUCACGCCUGGGCUUGGGGUGUGUGGUUCCCACUUCCGUCUUAUCUUGUGGUGUCUGCCGCUCCUCCUUGAGUCAUUGCUCGGUGACCAGCUCUGAGACGGCGAUCCCAUGUACAAGCGCAUCGCUUGCUUCUCCACGCGGCCCUCUGACUACGGUAGCGAGGUAAACUUCAUCUCUAGCACCAUUCCCAUCGCAAGUCCCGCGGUUUGUUCGAAACAAACAGAGUUGUUCCUGCGCUGUUGAGCCACUGCCUCACGCGAGCUGGACACUGGGCCUUGGCCUUGGUUUUAGGUCUACGGAUGGCUCUGUUCAGAAACAGGAAGUCUCGAUCUAUAAAAGCGUCAAUAGAGCCCUCAGUGAGCGUCGAGGAUGGCAACGAGGGACACAAGCCAAGGUCGAUCAAGCAACUGCGACUCACAAGAGACAAGACCACGAAAAGUCUCGGCGACGAGAGACACAGCAAGGGCUUUGCGGUACUCUACAUUCAAAGACAGCGCAGCUUGUACCCGCACAGCAUUCCGUCCUCACGGAAAGGAACGCCCGUCAACAAGGCGCCGCCGUCACACAACAUGCAGCCACCACGGGCCGGAACGCCAGCCAACAUGGCGCCGCCAUCAGGUAUUUACAUGGCGCCUCCAUCAGGUACUUACAUGGCGCCUCUGCCACAAACCGGAACGCCCACCAACAUGGCGCCCUCUUACGCGCCGCCCCCCGCGCCCAACCAGGCCUGGACCGGCAUCCAGCCUGCCGUGCUGCACAAAAUGCCCGUGCCCAACAACGACACGGAUGGCGACACGGACAAGUUCAGCGUCAUGACGCUCAAGUUCGAAGUCCCGCUCAACCACCAGGCCCCGGCCAAAGGCGAGACUCUGGUUCUGCAUGCCGAGCUGGUGUACGGCAGCAAGGGCAGCGAGAGAGGCGCAGCUCCAGUCGUUAAGCACGAGUGGAAGCGCAUUCUCGGCGCGAAGCCCUUCCUGCUGUUCCUGUGCGGCGGGCCCGGCGACGGCAACAGCCACCGGCGCAUCCCGCUGCUGAACCACUUCGCCCUGCGCCGCGGCUACCAGGUGCUGUACGUCGACUACCGCGGAACUGGGCGCAGCUAUCCAAUCAGCCCCAGUUACAUUGCUGUAAAUAACCCAAACAAAGCGGCCGCCGACGCCGAAGCCCAGCGCAAGGCCAACUACCUGGCCCUGUUCCGCCAGGACAACAUCGUGCGCGACCUCGAGGCGAUUCGCCUAUGUCUGACGAACAUCAUCGCCCAGAGCAGCGUCGCUGCCCCGCCACCGUCGACAUCGGCGUCCGGCAGCAAGACGGCUGCCCUUGCUGCUAAAUCCAGCAAGACCAAGCACGCAUCCAAGACGGCCAAACCUUCGAAACCCGUCACCCAACCAGCCCCUGCCCCCGCCGCCCCAGUAGCGCCCCCACAGCCCGUCAAGUGGACGCUCGUAGGCCAGUCCUUCGGCGGCUGGAUCGCGCUAACCUACCUAUCCUUCCUCCCCGAGUCUCUCGCAGGCGUGUAUCUUAGCGCGGGGCUUGCACCGGUAGGCGCCGGAGCGCCCGACUUUGUGUACGCGGCGCUGGCGCAGCGCAUAGCCCAGCGCAACGAGGCGUACUACGCGCGGUACCCGGACGACGUGUGGCACGUGAAACAAAUCGUCGCGCACCUCGACGCGGCUUCUUCUUCUUCUUCUACCACUAGUAAUGGCGGAUACGCCGUCAAGCUGCCGGGCGACGCCAGGCUGCGGCUGACGGCGCAGGCGUUCAUGACGCUCGGGCGCGCGUUCGGCGCCGCGUCGGCCGUUAUCGCCCCAGGACCCCCCACCAGCAAGACGACCCCAGACGCCUACGACGCGCUGCACCAGCUGGUCGAGCGCGCGAGCUUCGACAUCGCCAACUACAACGUGCUGUCCGACGGCGCGCUGGUGCUGGCGGCAGCGCUGUUCGCGGGGGGUUUCCGGCUGCAUGAGCGGCCACUGUACGGGGUGCUGCACGAGGCGAUCUACUGCGACGGGCCGGGAUAUUCAUCGUCGUGGUCCGCGCAGCGCAUCCUGCUGACACACUUCCCCGCCGGGCAGUUCGUCUGGACCGACCCGUCCUUCAGCGCCACGAAACCCAGCCCCGCCAUCACCGCGGCCGUCAUGAACGACGGCACUGCCAAACUGUACUUUUCCGGCGAGAUGGUCCUGCCGGCCAUGGUCCCGGCCCCGCUGCGCAGCACGGCCAACGCGCUCGCGCGGAAAGCUGACUGGCCGGCGCUGUAUGAUAGUUCUGCGCUGGCGGCGAAUCGCUGUGGGGUUACCGUGCGCGCUGUUGCGUAUGCCGAUGACAUGUAUGUCGAUCUGGAGCUGGCGCGGCGCGCGGCGGCCGGGAUCCGUGGCGCGCAGGUGCUCGAGGCGUGGAAUGGCUGGAAGCAUGGCGCGAUUAAGGAGGCGGACAAGACGGUGGCUGUGCUCGAGGCGUUGUUUGAUGGGAAGCCGCUGCCGGUUUGAUCAUUCAUGGCGUGGAGUGGAGUGGGGAUGGUUGGGACGCUGGGG